CGGGGAGGGCGUGCGGCCUGGACGUCGGGCGCUGGGUGGAAGAGCCCCUCGCCUCGGCCUGCCCAUCCCUGGGUCGCGGCCCCUUCUCUGGGCGGCGUCUCCGUGUGUCCUGAGGUCGCAGAGGCCAGCGUUCAAGCCCCUGCUUUCCAGCGGAAAGGGCAGUUAUUCACAAACCCCCCUCAUUUUGCAAAUUCUGUGGUUUAACCGGGAUAUAAAAAUAGAAAGGCUUGUGCGGCCGAGCUGGUUAAUAAACCAGAUUUGUAGCCUGAAUAUUUCUAAUCUCUAAAGUUAAUGGUAUUGUUAGGGUUAAAUUUUAUUGAUCUGUUAAUUCAAGGGCAUAUACCCUCCUAUCGAUAUUCUUCCAUCCUACAAUCAGAUCAUGUUUGAUCUAUAGCAUGCAAUUCAAUGCAUAUUGUUGCCAUAUUUCACUUUUUUAAAAUGUUUACUGCAGUAUAUUCUAAGCUUUUUGAGAGCUGGAAUUGACCUUUUUGCUUCUUUUGUGUCUCUGAUGUCUGACGUGUUUUUGAGCACAUGGAAAGAAGAGAUUACUCAAAGAAACUCUGAAGGACAAUACCAAGUUGUAGUGAACUUUUUGAUAACACUGUUUCAGCCCAGAAUGGCUGUGGAAAACAGAGCAGUUUCAACCCUGGUACCUCAGAAUCCUCAGGAACAAGAACUGAUACUAGUGAAAGUAGAAGAAAGCCUCUCCUGGGGUCAGAAAUUAAAGCAAAAUGGGAGUACCCGAUCCUGCCAAGAAUUGUUUCGCCAGCAAUUCAGAAAGUUUUGCUACCAGGAGACACCUGGGCCCCGGGAGGCCCUGGGCCGACUCCAGGAGCUUUGCUAUCAGUGGCUCAUGCCAGAGAUGCACACGAAGGAGCAGAUCCUGGAACUGCUGGUGCUGGAGCAGUUCCUGAGCAUCCUGCCUGAAGAGCUGCAGAUCUGGGUUCAGCAACAUAGUCCAAAAAGCGGCGAGGAAGCUGUGACUCUGUUGGAGGAUUUGGAGAGGGAAUUUGAUGAUCCAGGGCAGCAGGUCCCAGCUAGUCCACGAGGACCAGCAGUACCAUGGAAGGAUUUGACAGGUCUUGGAGCAUCCCAAGAAUUAAACAUCCAAUUCCAGCCUUUAAAGACACAGCUGAAACCUUGCCUUUCCCCUCAAAGCGAUUGCAAGAACAAUGAAUCAGCGACAAAGAAGAACAUUUCGGGGGGAAAAUCAGAAGUACUUCCCCGGGAACCUUCCUUCAGGGGAGUUAGUGAACACGAAAGCAGUUUAGAGCGGCAGCAAGGAGGUGCCACAGGGGAGAAAUUAGGAAGAUCCCCUCCCCAAGGAGGCAGUUUUAGUCACAUCAUCUUCACACACAAGUCUCUAGGAAAGACAGACCCUCAUGAGCCUCAGAGAAGCUUGAUUCUAAGUACAAACUCGAUAACAUAUCAGAAAGUUCCUAGAGAAGAGAGACCUUAUAGAUGUGAUGUAUGUGGGCACAACUUCAAACAGCAUUCCUCUCUAACACAACAUCAGAGAAUCCAUACCGGAGAAAAGCCCUAUAAAUGUAACCAGUGUGGGAAGGCCUUUAGUUUAAGGUCUUACCUUAUUAUUCAUCAGAGAAUUCAUAGUGGUGAGAAAGCAUAUGAAUGUAGUGAAUGUGGGAAAGCCUUCAAUCAGAGCUCGGCCCUCAUUAGACAUCGGAAAAUUCAUACCGGUGAGAAAGCUUGUAAGUGUAAUGAAUGCGGCAAAGCAUUCAGUCAGAGUUCGUAUCUCAUUAUCCAUCAAAGAAUUCACACUGGUGAGAAACCCUAUGAGUGUAACGAGUGUGGGAAAACCUUUAGCCAAAGCUCCAAGCUUAUUAGACACCAGCGAAUUCAUACAGGAGAGAGACCUUAUGAGUGUAACGAAUGUGGAAAAGCUUUCAGGCAGAGCUCAGAGCUGAUAACCCAUCAGAGAAUACACAGUGGAGAGAAGCCCUAUGAGUGUAAUGAGUGUGGAAAAGCCUUCAGUUUGAGCUCAAACCUCAUCAGACAUCAGAGAAUUCAUAGUGGAGAGGAACCCUAUCAAUGUAACGAAUGUGGCAAAACGUUCAAAAGGAGCUCAGCCCUUGUCCAGCAUCAAAGGAUCCAUUCUGGGGAUGAAGCUUAUAUAUGUAAUGAAUGUGGGAAGGCUUUCAGGCACAGAUCAGUCCUUAUGCGCCAUCAGAGAGUCCACACUGGACAAAGACCUUAUCACUGUGAUGAAUGUGGACAAAGCUUUGCUUGGAGUACAGGCCUUAUUAGGCAUCAGAGAACCCAUUGGGAGAAACCUUUUGAAUGUGAUAAGUGUGGAAAGGCAUUUAGUGUGAGCUCAGCCCUGGUUCUGCAUCAGAGAAUUCAUACUGGGGAGAAACCCUAUCCUUGUAAUUGGUGUAUUAAAAGUUUCAGCCGCAGCUCAGACCUUAUUAAACAUCAAAGAGUCCACACUGGUGAAAAACCUUAUAAAUGUGAUGAAUGUGGGAAAGCCUUCAGUCAGAGCUCAGAUCUUAUUAUACAUCAGAGGAUCCAUACAGGCGAAAAACCCUAUCAGUGCAGUCAUUGUAGUAAAAGUUUUAGCCAGCGCUCAGACCUGGUUAAACAUCAGAGAAUCCAUACUGGAGAGAAGCCUUAUACAUGUAACCAAUGUAACAAACAUUUUAGUCAGAGUUCUGAUGUUAUAAAACAUCAAAGAAUCCACACUGGUGAGAAACCAUAUAAAUGUGACGUGUGUGGAAAAGCCUUCAGUCAGAGCUCAGAUCUUAUUCUACAUCAGAGAAUUCACACUGGAGAGAAACCAUAUCCAUGUAAUCAAUGUAGCAAAAGUUUCAGUCAGAACUCAGAUCUUAUUAAACAUCGAAGGAUCCACACUGGGGAGAAACCCUAUAAAUGUAGUGAGUGUGGGAAAGCUUUUAACCAGAGCUCCGUCCUUAUUCUGCACCAGAGAAUUCACACUGGAGAGAAACCCUAUCCAUGUAAUCAGUGUAGCAAAACCUUCAGUAGACUUUCAGAUCUUGUUAAUCAUCAGCGAAUUCACACUGGAGAGAAGCCUUACCCAUGUAACCAGUGCAGUAAAAUGUUUAGUCGAAGAUCAGACCUUGUUAAGCAUCAUAGGAUUCAUACAGGUGAGAAACCCUAUGAAUGUGAUGAGUGUGGGAAAACAUUCAGUCAGAGCUCCAACCUUAUUCUACAUCAGAGAAUCCACACUGGAGAGAAACCCUAUCCAUGUAGUGAUUGUACUAAAAGUUUUAGUCGUCGUUCAGACCUUGUUAAACAUCAAAGAAUACACACUGGAGAGAAACCAUAUGCAUGUAAUCAGUGCAAUAAAAGUUUUAGUCAAAGCUCAGACCUCACUAAACAUCAGAGAAUACACUCUGGGGAAAAGCCCUAUCAUUGUGAUAGUUGUGAGAAAGCCUUCAGUCAGAGUUCUGACCUUAUUCUUCAUCAGAGAAUUCACACUGGAGAAAAACCAUACCUGUGCACACAGUGCAGCAAAAGUUUCAGUCAGAAUUCAGACCUUACCAAACACCAGAGAAUUCACACUGGGGAAAAACCAUAUAAAUGUAAUGAGUGUGGGAAGGCCUUCAGUCAGUGCUCAGCUCUUAUCCUACAUCAGAGGAUCCACACCGGGGAGAAACCAUAUCCAUGUGAUCAGUGUGGCAAAAGCUUUAGCCGGCGCUCCGAUCUCAUUAAUCAUCAAAGAAUCCACACUGGCGAAAAGCCAUAUAAAUGUGAUACAUGUGGGAAAGCCUUCAGCACAUGCACUGAUCUUAUUGAUCAUCAGAGAAUUCACACUGGGGAGAAACCCCACAGGUAUGUUCAGUGCAGCAGAAAUUUUACCCAGCUCUCUGAUCUUACUGAUCAUGAGAAAGACCAUUCUGCCCAAGAAAGUCUAAAUGUAAUGAAUAUGGGAAAACCUUUAGUGUAUAGACCAACUUUAUUUAGUACCAGAGACACUAUACCAGAAAAAAAAUCUUAUGAAUGCUGUUGAUUAUGAAAAAGGUUU